CACUCCGGAAGUGACGGUUGCUUAGAAACGAUCACAACAUCACAGGCAGCGAUCCCAUGCGGUAUGUACUGCGCGCUAUUUAUUAUUAUUUACCCCGCGCUAUAUGGGGGUAAUAACAGCGUACCCCGCGCUAUAUGGGGGUAAUAACAGCGUACCCCGCGCUAUAUGGGGGUAAUAACAGCGUACCCCGCACUAUAUGGGGGUAAUAACAGCGUACCCCGUGCUAUAUGGGGGUAAUAACAGCGUACCCCGCGCUAUAUAGGGGUAAUAACAGCGUACCCCGCGCUAUAUGGGGGUAAUAACAGCGUACCCCGUGCUAUAUGGGGGUAAUAACAGCGUACCCCGUGCUAUAUGGGGGUAAUAACAGCGUACCCCGUGCAAUAUGGGGGUAAUAACAGCGUACCCGGCGCUAUAUGGGGGUAAUAACAGCGUACCCCGCGCUAUAUGGGGGUAAUAACAGUGUACCCCUGCUAUAUGGGGGUAAUAGCGUACCCCGCGCUAUACGGGGGUAAUAACAGCGUACCCCGCGCUACAUGGGGGUAAUAACAGCGUACCCCGCGCUACAUGGGGGUAAUAACAGCGUACCCCGCGCCGUGCUAUAUGGGGGUAAUAACAGCGUACCCCACACCGUGCUAUAUGGGGGUAAUAACAGCGUACCCCGCGCCGCGCUAUAUGGGGCAACAGUGUACCCUGCGCUAUAUGGGGGCAAUAACAGCGUACCCCGCGCUAUAUGGGGCUAAUAACAGCGUACCCCGUGCUAUAUGGGGGUAAUAACAGCGUACCCCGUGCUAUAUGGGGGUAAUAACAGCGUACCCCACACCGUGCUAUAUGGGGGUAAUAGUGUACCCCGUGCUAUAUGGGAGUAAUACCAGCGUACCCCACGCUAUAUGGGGGUAAUAACAGCAUACCCCGUGCUAUAUGGGGGUAAUAACAGCGUACCCCGUGCUAUAUGGGGGUAAUAACAGCGUACCCCGUGCUAUAUGGGGGUAAUAACAGCGUACCCCACACCGUGCUAUAUGGGGGUAAUAACAGCGUACCCCGUGCUAUAUGGGGGUAAUAACAGCGUACCGCUAUAUAGAGGUAAUAACAGCGUACCGCUAUAUAUAGGGGUAAUAACAACCCACGCUAUAUAGAGUAAUAAUAAGCGUACCCAGCGCGCUAUAUGAGCAAUAACAAGCGUACUUAGCGCUAUAUAGGAGCAACAAGCGUACCCAGCUAUAUGGGAGCAAUAACGCCAUUACCCAGCGCUAUAUAGAGGUAAUAAUAAGCGUACCCAGCAGCGCUAUAUAAGGGGAGUAAUAUAAGCGUACCCCGCGCUAUAUGGGGGUAAUAACAGCGUACCCCGCGCCGCGCUAUAUGGGGCAACAGCGUACCCCGCGCUAUAUGGGGCAAUAACAGCAUACCCCGCGCUAUAUGGGGGCAAUAACAGCGUACCCCACGCUAUAUGGGGGUAAUAACAGCGUACCCCUGCUAUAUGGGGGUAAUAAUAGCGUACCCCGCGCUAUACGGGGGUAAUAACAGCGUACCCCGCGCUACAUGGGGGUAAUAACAGCGUACCCCGCGCUACAUGGGGGUAAUAACAGCGUACCCGUGCUAUAUGGGGGUAAUAAUAGCAUACCCCGUGCUAUAUGGGGGUAAUAACAGCAUGCCCCGUGCUAUAUGGGGGUAAUAGCGUACCCCGUGCUAUAUGGGGGUAAUAACAGCGUACCCCACACCGUGCUAUAUGGGGGUAAUAACAGUGUACCCCGUGCUAUAUGGGGGUAAUAAUAGCAUACCCCGUGCUAUAUGAGGGUAAUAACAGCGUACCCCGCGCUAUAUGGGGGUAAUAGCGUACUCGGCGCUAUAUGGGGGUAAUAACACCGUAACCGGCGCUGCGCUAUAUGGGGGUAAUAACAGCGCACCCCGCGCCGCGCAAAAUGGGGGUAAUAACAGUGUAUGCCUCGCUAUAUGGGGGUAAUAACAGCGUACCCCGCGCCGUGCUAUAUGGGGGUAAUAACAGCGUACCCUGCGCCGUGCUAUAUGGGGGUAAUAGCGUACCCCGUGCUAUAUGGGGGUAAUAACAGCGUACCCCACACCGUGCUAUAUGGGGGUAAUAACAGCGUACCCCGUGCUAUAUGGGGGUAAUAGCAUACCCCGUGCUAUAUGGGGGUAACAGCGUACCCCGCGCUAUAUGGGGGCAAUAACAGCGUACCCCGCGCUAUAUGGGGGCAAUAACAGCGUACCCCGCGCUAUAUGGGGGUAAUAACAGUGUACCCCGUGCUAUAUGGGGGUAAUAACAGCGUACCCCGCGCUACAUGGGGGUAAUAACAGCGUACCCCGCGCCGUGCUAUAUGGGGGUAAUAGCGUACCCCGUGCUAUAUGGGGGUAAUAGCGUACCCCGUGCUAUAUGGGGGUAAUAACAGUGUACCCCGUGCUAUAUGGGGGUAAUAAUAGCGUACCCCGUGCUAUAUGGGGGUAAUAACAGCGUACCCCACACCGUGCUAUAUGGGGGUAAUAACAGUGUACCCCGUGCUAUAUGGGGGUAAUAAUAGCAUACCCCGUGCUAUAUGAGGGUAAUAACAGCGUACCCCGCGCUAUAUGGGGGUAAUAACAGCGUACCCCGCGCUGCGCUAUAUGGGGGUAAUAACAGCGUACCCGGCGCUGCGCUAUAUGGGGGUAAUAACAGCGUACCCCGCGCCGCGCAAAAUGGGGGUAAUAACAGUGUAUGCCGCGCUAUAUGGGGGUAAUAACAGCGUACCCCACGCCGUGCUAUAUGGGGGUAAUAACAGCGUACCCUGCGCCGUGCUAUAUGGGGGUAAUAGCGUACCCCGUGCUAUAUGGGGGUAAUAGCAUACCCUGUGCUAUAUGGGGGUAAUAACAGCAUGCGCCGCGCUAUAUGGGGGUAAUAACAGCGUACCCCGUGCUAUAUGGGGGUAAUAACAGCGUACCCGGCGCCGCGCUAUAUGGGGGUAACAGCGUACCCCGUGCCGCGCAAAAUGGGUUUAAUAACAGUGUAUGCCGCGCUAUAUGGGGGUAAUAACAGCGUACCCCGCGCCGUGCUACAUGGGGGUAGUAACAGCGUACCCUGCGCCGUGCUAUAUGGGGGUAAUAACAGCGUACCCCGUGCUAUAUGGGAGUAAUAACAGCGUACCCCGCGCCGCGCAAAAUGGGGGUAAUAACAGUGUAUGCCGCGCUAUAUGUGGGUAAUAACAGCGUACCCCGCGCCGUGCUAUAUGGGGGUAAUAACAGCGUACCCUGCGCCGUGCUAUAUGGGGGUAAUAACAGCGUACCUCGCGCCGCGCUAUAUGGGGAUAAUAACAGCGUACCCCACGCCGUGCUAUAUGGGGGUAAUAACAGCGUACCCCGCACCGUGCUAUAUGGGGGUAAUAACAGUGUACCCUGCGCCAUGCUAUAUGUACUCCGCGCCAUGCUAUAUGGGGGUAAUAACAGCGUACCCCGCGCCAUGCUUUAUGGGGGUAAUAACAGCGUACCCCGCACCGUGCUAUAUGGGGGUAAUAACAGUGCAGCCCGCACUGUGCUAUAUGGGGGUAAUAACAGUGUACCCCACACCGUGCUAUGUGGCGGUAAUUACCGGGUAUCCAACACAUUAUAUGGGGGGUAAUUACCAGGUACCUCAGGCAGUGUUACACAUUGGUAGUAAUCUGGUCCACCAACCAGCACAUGUGUUCGUGGUGCUGCAGCUGUGGUGCUUUUUAAAUCUGGUGAUUCUCUGUCAAAUAUAUUGGCAUCUGCCGAUUGGUCUUGGGAACCAACCUUUAUGGUGCCUUUAGAGUCCCUUUGACAUGCUCCCUAACUGAACACAUGCCACAAUUCCCAUUAAAAGGUAAAAGUAAGGGAAUUGGAAGAAUGGUUCUAAUUAACUCAAACUUUUCUUUCUUUACAGACUGGCAUGGCAAGACUGAAAGGGGCACCAAGCCUCUACGAGGGCAUUGCUGAUGCAAAGUUUCCUACCCUCAAGACAGAGCUGCAGCCCAGUAAAUUACAGUCAAGACUUGAAGUGAUGAGGAAUGAUUUCCAGGAAAGGGCAUUUCGAGAGAGGGAACAGAAACUUCUCAGCCUUGUUAAACAUGAGACAAGUGUACCAUAUAACCAUGCGGAAAAAAGGUAUACCUUUCAUCAAUCCCCCGGCUCACACUCGGCCCCUUGGACAGCAGAAGAGAAAAGCUGGGCUUCAAACUGGACUGUAUCCAAAAGGAGUGCUGGGAUCGAUCGAGCUCACCCUCUCAAACCAGUCAUCUAUCGUAAAUCUCCAGCUCAGAUCCCAUCAGAAUUCAACAACAUGCAGCGCUCCUCAUCAGUCAAUGUCACUGGGACCAAACAUCAAAACCUGCUUCCAAGAAACAUCCAAUCAAAUUCUGGCCCCACUCAAGCAGAGCCUUGGCGUGAGCUACAGAAAACAGAAUCCAGUUUGGAAGCUGAAAUCCGGAGGAAGCAAGCUCUGCUGAGGGAAAAGCUGCGUAGAACUGAGGAAGAAUUACGCAGGAUCCAAAGGGAAAAGGAGGAAGCAACCGAGCGAGAAAUAGAUCAAACUCAGAAGAAAACAGUAAAAAACUAUUAUCAUCUUGGCAACAGAUCAGAUCUAGAUGAAGAUUAUAGGAGUUAUGGAAUCCUGAAGAAAGCAGAGUUCAAAUCCUCCCCACAGCCCAAACCUCUCCCUCGGGCUCCGAGCCCCAAAUUUACAGAAGAGCAGCAUCCAGAGAGAAUGAGGAGGCAGAUGCCAUCGGCAGGAGAGAAUGUUAGAAAAAGAUCCACUCAGCCAAUUCUCCUGAAACAUGCAGAGGAGGUCAGUGGUUCCCCACUUCUGAGAACAACGCACCAUCACUUUGAUAGACACACAGAGCUCUCAUCUGAUGCGGAGGAUGAAUUGCCUGCAGAGAGUGAGCUAGUACCCUGCCAGUCAUGUGGACGACGGUUCAUGGUACAACGUCUGGAGAAACAUGCUCAGGUCUGUGAGAAGAUGCAAAGCUCAAAAAGAAAAGUGUUUGAUUCAUCCAAAGCCAGAGCAAAGGGGACCGAGCUGGAGCAAUACUUACAACUCAAAGGCAAACCCUCAUCUAGAGAACCCCAGGUACUUACCACUUUAAUUAAAGUACAUAGAACCCCAUUAUCGCCCUGGUUCCUCUAAUUAUAGAAUCCAAAACUCCAUCUGGGCUUUGCCCCUCCCCCCAAUGACACAAGCUAGAACUGCAGAUGAACUCCACUCCUAGAACCCCACAUGACUUCUGCCCCUUUAGUGUCAUUUAGCAGCUCAGGUGAGCUUCCUCUCUGACACCAAUCAGAAUCUGAUAUAAGCUUUCCCCUCAACUAGAAGUCAAAGUGAGGUCUGACAACAAUUAGACCAACACUUGAGCUCAGCCCUCUCUCUAAAUGACACUAACUAGAGGCUGAAAUAAGACGACUCAUUACAGCGUGGAAGAGUACUGCACAAGGUCUAUAAACAGGCAGUGUGUUGGGAAUGACCUCUAGCACAUUCUCAGAGACUCUUCUCACACUUUCAUAGCAUUAAAGAUAUGAGAUUCCUCAUGGUCAGAAUUUCACUCUUCGUAGGUGGGGGUGGGAAAAUCACAACUCCUCCUUCCAAAAUACAUAUUUUUCACUUGAGGGAUCGCAACAGUUCAUCUGAGUAGCUGAGACAACACGCAGAGCUAAGGUUUUGCAUUUGUCUAUAUAAUUUACAUGGCUCAAGAGGAGUAUUUAAUGGUAAUAUUAAUUCCUCAUGUGAAAAUAUCUAUACAUCGUGCUAGCAAAUUUGCUAACCAAUGAACAGAUUAUUGGAAAAAUUGAACCCCCCUUCCUGUCACUAUCAACAUGCAAUCUAUGCCAAUCUCAGCAAGAGAACACUCCUAGAUCCUGUUCUCUUGCUCUCUUCAAAUAAAGUAACUGUGCAUGUGUUACAUUUUAAUUUGGAGUUUCCCCAGCAUCGGCCUCUGGAGAGCUGACAAUAUAGCCCAUAUUGCCAGUUUGUUACAUGUACUGCAUGUGAUAAGGCUGUUCAUCUUUAUCACCUCCACAAUAGAAUUACUGUUUCCUGGCAAGGCUCCUUCAAAGGACUAAGGGUUCUCCCUUCAACCAGCGCUGGACGUGAAAUAACUGACGUCAUUCCGUUCAAAUGGUAAUGAAACCAACACAUCAGUGUCAUCAGGUGGGGCAGUGCCAGGUGUAGGGAAGCCACUCAAGACUUCCUAAAGUUUGGCAGGCCUAAUAACAGCAUUCAAGCCCCUGAUGGAAGGCUUAUGGCGGACCUGAAACCAUUUUGAAAGGAGGUAAGUAUCUCGAAACUCCAUGAAGCUUCAUAGAAAGUGGGGGGAAAAAAGCUAUACAUUUGUUACAUUUUACAAGAGUUUUACUUUAUGAUUAUUUUCUCUAAUGUUGCUAUUCUUUAAAGAUUUCACCAUUUCUUCCUGGGUGCCACUGUCAUCUCUAGCCAUUUCCCAGAAUGCUCUGCCUCAUUCCAGUCACAGCCAUUUUUUUAACAUUUUCUUCAUUUAAUGAACUUGCAAUGACUGACUCUUUUGUAUUUUGCAGCAAGUUCGCAAUAACGCCUGGCGUCAAAAGCAUGAAACUUUCCUGCGCACAAUUCGCCAGGCACGUACAGUGCAGCAGGUUAUCGCCAAAGGAGGCAAACCAUCAGAUGUGCCGCCUCCACCCCCUGAUGAAAAUCCAGAUUAUAUUACCUGCCCUCACUGCAGCCGCAGGUUCGCCCCACGUGCAGCUGAAAGACACAUCCCAAAAUGUGAGACUAUAAAGAGCAAACCUCGGCCUCCACCACAACGCAGACGCUAACACAAAUAUCUUGAUAUCUAACCAAGAGUUUAUUCUAUAACUGGGAAAUGUGGAGAAUAAACUUCUGCUUCUUUGAAAAACUAACAGAUCUUUCAGGGACCCAUAUCUCUCAUCAUUCCCAGAGUUUGCACAUUAAAUGUACUGUGUUUUAUUUUAUUUUUUGUACUGUAAUAAAUCCAAGUAUACACUGCAGGUGAUUGGAUAAAGCACACUGUUCUUAGUGGGUGGGGGCGAUUGCUUUGGCUGAUCCCAUACAGUGCAACAAUACAGUCCAAACAUUGGCAGUGAGAGUAAGGCCACAUGGUGAGUAAAAGGGAACACAAAAUAAGAUUUAAAAUAAAAAAGGAGCCGCACUAAGAGUGUCCAGAUAAAUAUACCCCAGCUUACCUCCCCCACCCCAAAAAAAUAUCUGUUCACUGCCCCAUCAGCUAUUAUCAGGUGCACAGAGGCCAAUAACUUAAGAUCCGGCACAGUAAUAGAGGAGCUGCUGGUGCACCAUCUUCUCCAGCUCAGGGAUGUCAUUGUGUCCAUCACAUUGUUGUCCCAGAGACAGAUCGAGGGGCCUCGGUACCCAAGAAGCACCAGGAGUCUGCAUCUGAAUCUUCCCUUGAGGUGUCAGCAUUGUUGGCCAUAGGUUGUGUUCCUUUUAGACAUGUUACCUGAAGAAA